AUGUGGCGAGCACCUUGUGCUCUCUGCGAGCGAAGAUUCACGCGCUCCAGUCUGUCUGGGGUAGUCGUCAUGAAGCGGGUUUGCGAUAUCCGUCGCAGAUGGGGGGUCCUUCAGAACUCCAACAAGAUUAAUAAUCCCUCAGUCUUAUACGGAACAGCAAACGUUUACGCGGAAAUCACUCGGAUGAUCCACGAUUCCAUAUUCUACCGCUGGCACCAACAGCCACCAGUGCGCAGUAUUACCGACAGCAGCCUGGCGGAUAUCGCUAUCAACAAACGCGUUCGUCAAUCUUCCACUAUCUGCAGUAUGAAAGCACAGAACGCGUUGGACCCCGACACGAACCGUUCUGCUCAUACAAAGGAGGAAUUCCAGCCGUGGUGGGAGAUCGACCUCGCCAAUUACGUCGAAGUUCAUUCUGUCAAUGUUUAUGUUCGAGACGAGGUGAGUCAUUUGUAUGCUGCAGCCAGAGGAAACCCUAGUCGACGAACUACUAGGUCUUAUCCUCUGCACAUUUGUAUCUCGAUGAAAAGUGGAGUAGGUCGCAACUGUGACGAUAUCGUCGCAGUCUCGAGGCAGAUUUGUUCGCGUCCAGUGUCAAGGUCGCGCCAUUCUGCACAUUGA